CCCUUUUUUUAGCUGUUUUGCUUCAUAUAACAGUGACAGAACAAUGAAGGUUCAUGAUACAAGAUCCCAUUCUCACGCUCAUGGUGCUGGUGAAGAAGAAAAGAUAAUGACAAGGAAGCAAAAAGCAGAGAGCAAGACGCAUGAAAAUGAACAGUCGCCUAAGAAAGUUAAGUCUGAAGAUGAGAAUGGCCGGGCCAACGGAAAAUCCGAAGCGUCCGACCUCAUCAACGAAUUCGAAGAGUUCUGUAAGGCAACUAGAGAGAGUCUUUCCAUUGAUCAAAUGAAAGAGAUUCUACAAAUGAAUGACCAAGAUUCCACAGGCUCUGACUAUGAAAUUGCUUCUAAAUGUCAAGACUUGCUGUUCUAUGGUGCCCUAGAAACAUGCCCAGUUUGUAGAGGGAGACUGGUAUUUGAUGGGAAACGUUAUUUUUGUAAUGGAUUUCUAAGUGAAUGGUCUACUUGUACCUUCAAAACAAAGGAUCCACCGAGGAAAAAUGAAACCAACAAGUUACCUGAAUCAGUCUUGAAUUCUCCUGUCUCAGAUUUGAUAAAGAAGUGUCAGAAUCCUAGUCAACGUCCAAAGAGAAAUCUUGGACAGUCGGAUAAACCCUUCUCAAGAAUGACAAUUUCACUCUCCGGUCGUCUGUCGAGAACUCAUCAUUACUGGAGAAAAGAAAUUGAGAAGCAUGGAGGGACUGUUAACAAUUCUGUUAUUGGUGUCAGUUGCUUGGUUGUCUCGCCUGCUGAGAGAGAGCGUGGUGGAUCUUCCAAAGUUGCAGAAGCAGUUGAGAGAGGCAUACGGGUCAUACGGGAAGCUUGGCUGCUUGACAGCAUUGAGAAGCAAGAAGCUCAGCCCUUGGAAGCUUACGAUGUUGUAACAGAUCUUGCGGUUGAAGGCAAAGGGAUCCCUUGGGACAAACAAGAUCCAUCUGAAGAGGCACUUGAAUCCCUCACAGCAGAACUCAAGUUAUACGGAAAGAGGGGCGUUCACAAGGAUACCAAACUACAAGAACAAGGCGGAAAGAUAUUUGAGAAGGAUGGGAUCUUGUAUAAUUGUGCCUUUUCACUUUGUGAUCAGGGCCGAGGACUCAACGAGUAUUGUAUUACUCAACUGAUCAAAGUACCUGAUAAGAACUUGCAUCUGUUCUAUAAGAAAGGAAAAGUUGGUGACGAUCCCAAUGCUGAGGAAAGGUUAGAGGAAUGGGAAAAUGAAGAAAAUGCUGUGAAGGAAUUUGUGAGGCUGUUUGAGGAAAUAACUGGAAAUGAAUUCGAGCUGUGGGAAAGGGAGAAGAAGUUUGAGAAGAAACGCUUGUCUUUCUAUCCAAUUGAUAUGGAUGAUGGUGUAGACGUGAGACACGGAGGACUUGGUCUUAGGCAGCUAGGAAUUGCAACUGUUCACAGUAAGCUUGAGCCGGAGAUUGCUAACUUUAUGAAAGUUUUGUGCAGCCAAGAGAUUUACAAGUACGCUCUCAUGGAAAUGGCACACGACCCUCCUGAAUUCCCAAUGGGGAUGCUUUCUAAAUUUCACUUGGAGAGAUGUGAAGAGGUCCUUCUAGAAUUCAUUGGGAAAGUGAAAUCGAUGAAAGAGACAGGAUUCAAGGCUGAAGCUGUUUGGACAGACUAUAGUAAUAGAUGGUUCACUCUAAUGCACUCUACCAGACCUUUGAUCUUCAAGGACUAUCAAGAAAUUGCAGAGCAUGCUGCGGCUGUGCUGGAGGGUGUUAGAGAUGUAACAGUGGCUUCACAUCUCAUUGGAGACAUGAGUGGAUCUACCAUCGAUGAUCCACUCUCGGAUCGAUAUGGGAAACUGGGUGGUACUGUUUCACUUUUAGAGAAGGAUUCUGAUGACUAUAGAAUGAUUGUGAACUAUCUUGAGAAAACCUACGAGCCAGUGAAAGUUGGAGACAUUGAAUAUGGAGUUACUGUUGACAACAUUUUUUCAGUGGAAUCUGCAGCACUUCCGAGCUACGAAGAGAUAAAGAAACAGCCAAAUAAAGUCCUCCUGUGGUGUGGCACCCGAAGUUCGAAUCUCUUGAGGCACUUGCACAAAGGUUUCUUGCCAGCAAUAUGCUCUCUUCCAGUUCCCGGUUACAUGUUUGGCCGAGCAAUAGUGUGCUCUGAUGCUGCAGCAGAGGCAGCUCGGUAUGGCUUCACAGCCGUAGACAGGCCAGAAGGGUUUCUGGUCCUAGCCAUUGUUUCUCUUGGGGAAGAGAUCACAGAGAUAACAAGCUUACCUGAGGACACAAAAUCAUUGGAGGAGAAGAAGAUGGGAGUGAAAGCAUUGGGUAGAAAGAAGACAGAUGAAUCAGAACACUUUGUUUGGAAGGAUGAAAUUAGAGUUCCCUGUGGCCCUCUGAUCGCUUCAGAGCACAAAGAUAGCCCUCUCGAAUACAAUGAGUAUGCCGUCUACAACCCAAAGCAGACGAAUAUAAGGUUCUUGGUGGGGGUGAAGUACGAGGAGAAAGAUGCGGUGAUGGACACACAAGAAUGAAAGGAAACUGAAGCAGAUGUUUUUAAAGCAUGCCUGCAUAUUUCUCUACUCCUUUUGCACUUCUUUUGUGUAGAGUGUGUUGGCUUUUUUGCCACUGGAUAUAAGUCGAAGCUUGUAAGGUAUCUGUUUGAUUCACCUCAUAAUGUAGAUAUGAUCAAAUCUCUAGACCGAUGUUUUUUCC